GCCUCACGCAGAGCUAUCGUGCAGGAAUCAUCAACAUGAUUGUUAUUAUCUCCGUUAAUUUCGUCAUGGUUUGUGGGUAAGUUGUUCAUAAGCAGGUAUUCGCCGUCUCUUGAACUUGUAAUAGGGAAAACAUUAGAUCAUUUAUUAAGUAACAAAAUGUAUGUAAGACUCUGGAAUAAUAAAAGUUUAUAAUCCAAAUCGUAAAAUGUACCCGUUUUGUUUUAAAGACCCGAGGGCCACCCAUAAUCAAGGGCUUUGAAACCGGUUUAUUAAAUACAAUAUAAUAUAAAAAAUAAACUGCGAUCGAAACAUUCAUGUCGAUACUAACUGAAAUAAUAUGAUCUGUAGGCAAAAUAAUAAUACUGACACAUAAUUAAGAUACAUGAUAUAAUAAAAUAAAUAUCUCUUUCAUAUCCACACUAAAUACCCAAUUUAAUGAAUUAAAUACUUACCCCCGGUGAUACAAAGUCGAGCCAGCAGCGAAUCCGCUAUCAUCAGUAUUAACUUCCAUUCGUUCAUUCUAAAAGUACCUUCAAUACAGAGUUUUAAAAACUUGACUUGCAAAAAAUCCGAUUGAAUAACUUCUGCUCUUAAUUUAUUUAUCACUUAUCAAAUUCUAUACAAUAAUAAUACACGACUUCAGGCAGUCAUCUGACAACAAACUUGACAGAGAAGAUCACACUAUCCGAAAUAAAGGAAACCAAGGAACAAAUGCUGAAUGGGAGCAUUGUUGAGGAGUUUCCUGCUUUGGUACGUACUCAAUUGUCAUAGCAACAUAAAGGCACGUGCUGCCGAUUGAAUAUCUCAAUUCUAGCUUACCAGCAACUAUUCCUAUCCCUCAUUCAACCCACAAUCUAUAAGUCUGGACAACUAAAGGAAUCAUAUCACUAUCAGACAUCAGUACUAUUCGGUGGAAACCACUAGGGAGGGACCGGUGCCGAUAUGAAACCACAUAGGUUUAUAAGUAAUCUUCUACCAAAAACUAAUACAAUUGCCUGGACUCCCAGACAUUUUAAUAUCAGAUACCUGUAGGGGUAAAGUUAGAGGAGCAUUCAGAUUACAUGAUAACAUUUCCCCAUGAUGGCCUAGUAAGAGCCAAUCCCAGGCAACCAAUAUGUCAUAUCAGUUGUGCGGGUUUGAUGAGAUUGGCCCGAAAUACUGGUCAUGAUUAUUGAUGUAAAACUCUAUUUCGGCCAUAAUAUUGUUUGUCUGUGCGACCUAGUGAAAUUCUCAAUAUGCCUUUGCUAAUAAUAUAAUUAAUCACCAACAUAAUAAUUAAUAUGACGAAACGUUAAGUUAUUGCAUAUGAAAAACAUGGAAAUAUUCAUCCAAUUCUUGAACUUUGUAGAUUAUUCGAGUUAAGUAGUGAAUUCUUACUCAUACUCAUAGUAAAUAAUAUAAUAAUUAAAACUUUAACAGUAAUUAUCGAACGAUCUGCAUUUUAGUAUUAAUACGACAUUUAAAAAAAUAAUUUAAUGAUUUUACCUGGGUCCUCAAACUAAGGUAUAUAGUUUAGAACUUCUAACUUGCAUUCGCAAUUCAAUGAAGACAUGAAGUGAAUCUAAUAGCCUUGAAUAAUUCAAGCGAGCAUUAUUGGUUUUUAUACUUGUUGAUUAUACGUGUUGAUUUUGCUGUUCGUACAUUUGUCAUUGAAUCUUCGUGGCCAAUCUGCGCCAAUCAGUGGAAACAAAUAAAUUUAAUACAAAGUACAACGGAACUUCAAAUCUCGGACCACGUUUGUACCAGUUUAUAACCGGAUCAACCAAUGUCAAUAUUCCCAUGGCUCAGGCUGAUUACACUGUAAAUGGGUUCAAUCUACACCAAUUACGCUAUCUAACCGUUUUAUCUGCAGUACCAACGUAUUAUUGGCAUCAUUGAAUUCUGCUACUGAAUACUAUCUCUAGCCAUCACAUUUAAACAACUAUUUUAAGCUUACCUGAAAUUCUACUGAAAUAUGCUGAUAAUGUUAUUCAAAGAAUCUGUAGCGCUAUACGACACCGAAAAUAUUAUUGUGGUACUUUCCGAUGCAUGACGUAUGCAUUACAUUGUACGAUAAAAUUAGCCUUAAACCGUUGUCAGGACGACAAUUCGGAAGGGCAUGAACAUCUCAUAAGAUCAAAUUUCGUUUAUUUGCUAAUCCCGUAUCACCGUCCAUCGGUAGAAAUGGCAUCAAUCGUUCCUCAAUUCUCAGUAUUUAUUUAAAAUUCAAGUUCAUUUAAAAGCUUUUGUUUUAUAAUUAAUCGAAGUUAAUAUUUUCACGUGAAAGGAUAAUAACUUCGAGUAAAGUUGAAUCCUUUUUUGUAAAAAUCAUGAAGCAAAUGGAUAUACUACCUAUGCCAACUCAAUCAUGUAACAAUAUUCAUUGUUGUAAAAAAUAUUCAUUGUUGGAUGCAUGUUAGAUAAAGCUAACAGAAUUUAAAGUCAAAGUUAUGAAUUUUAUUGCUCGAAUGAUUAUUAUAAUACUGUUUUAUUCCUUGCUUUUUGUGAGAUGUUCUAUUCAUAGAUCAGAUAAGUAAGUUAAGUACUUUCAACACUAAUAUAUAACAAAUAAUUUGAGUAGUGGUAUAAAAACAAGAAGAUGGCAGAAACAAUUCACAGUCGACAGAACACAAUGUUCAAUGGAUCACAAGUGAAUCGGUCCAUCACCAACUUUGGUAUAGACCAGAGGUCCUUGUCGAGCAUUGAGCUCAGUCCCUCUCGGGAUCAGAGACAGAUAUCGAAAAUAAACAUCGAGUUUGGCGGCAAACGUAAUUUAAAAGUAGCAAGUCGCGAAGAAGCCACCCCAACCGUGGAUAUGGUGGAUGCUGCUUUCAAAAUAAACACUUUUCUCAACAAACAUCUUUGCCUCUUUACCCAGGGGCUUACUUACAAAAACAAAAACAUCAAGGGUUAUCUUGACGUGUUAUCUAUGGAAUGUUCAGUUAUCCCGCUACGCUGCAGGGGUCCCUACUACAACCUUAUAGGUUACUUCUACUCGAUGCUUGACAAGUUUGAAAAAGCGGAAAAGUAUUUCGAGAUGGCUCUGAAGAUAAACGCGGACGACACCGUCGCCUGUGUGAACAAAGCAAGAAAUUACCUCAAAAACAACGAGAUCAUGAAGAUUCAUCCUGUUAUAAGAAGACUCAAAGACAUCGAAGCCCGAUCCUCUCACGUACCCGGUCUCUCCCCACUAUCAGCAGCAAACAACACGAUAGCACUGUCCUACAACAAACUGGGACUCAGCUGUGCUGCUCUGAAACACUAUGAUGCUGCUCUUAAGGCUGAUCCUCUUAACUUCGACUGUUAUCUGGGAAAAGGGGAAGUACUGGUGAGGCUCAGUAAACAUCAAGGUCGAGCUAACGCCUUGAAGACGCUCAACGAGGGAGUUAAAUGUCUGAGAAAGUAUAUUGCUGAGUACAACGUAUUGAAUCUCGCUAAAGAAAAGGACCCACGAGAGUCGCCGCUCCCUCGAGAUAACAAAGCGGUGAAUAACGUUUAUGCGGUAAUCCUUCUGGCGAGGGCACUCAACGAAAGAUCUAGAAGACUGGAAAAAGAAUACACUCAAGAAGCUCUAGAUUACUUGGAUCUUGCUUUAGGACACUGCGAAGGUUCAGUGUACACGUUGUACCAAAUUGGGGACGAGAAGAGACUGAUGAACUACUUCGAUGGAGAGGAAAGUGCACUAAACUUAUUGAAAAAAGCUAUUGAGAUCAGAGAAAGCUCCCUGUUAUAUCAUUCCUACGCCCUUGCUAUUCUCAAAUGGGAAAGGUUGAAGUACGAAGAGCGGUUCAGAGCUGUCUCCAACAUGACCACAGCUACCUCCCACAACGGAGCAGCUGAACACGACUCUGCUAUGGAUAACGCUCUCGAGCAGCAGGACCACCAGCUGGACCAGGUUAAAAUAGGAGUGGAUAAAGCACCAGCGACUCCUCUUGCACCACCAGCCACGGCUUCUUUUGGGGGCACAAUUAGCAAACUGUUUCCUAUAAAGAGGACACUGGGUAGUUUAAUGCUGAGUAGCGCAAAUGCACUGCAGGAGCAACGUAAAAAGAGUAUAAAGCAUCAUUCCUCUAAAAGUGACAAACCAAAGCCGUUUGUCUUUGAAGGAGACAACGAACUUCAACAGGGCUUCAUAAGGGUAGCAAAACUGCUGAAACAUGCACUGAAACUUUCCCCGGUUGGAUCUACACAGAUCUCACUGGACCUUGCUGAGAUAUACUGCUCGUUGAAUCGAAAGAGUGAGGCGGAGUCCAUGUUUAACAAUAUUCUGGAGUCGAGUAAUCCAGUGGACAGAGAGCUAGCUUACAGGAAGUUUGGGAGGUUCCUUAUCAAGAUUGGAAACUUUCCUCGGGGUGAUGAGAUGAUUGAAGAGGCAAUUAAACUGAGAUCCCACGCAAACCACGACGAGGUUGCUCUAAAACAACUAGAAGAAACCGUCACUAUCCUCGCCGAGCACUUUAAGAGUGAUAAUGCAACACGGGAGAAGUUCUGGAUGGACCAGCUGUUACAGAUCAACCCAACCCUGGCAGAGGAUCCACCAACACGAAACGGCCCUAAAAGUUCCCGGCAGCGAGGAAAGUAAGCCUCUAAGUCUGAAGUCUGGAUUCUGAAAGAUAGAAAACUUCCAACCGUUCACUCUUAGCUCGAUCUGUGAGAUCACACUUCCAAAGGUGGCAAAAAAAGAGGUUUAAUGAAUUUAACCAGGGGGUUCUUAUCACAGUUAUAACCAAUUGAACAGUGCUUAUCAGUAAGCUUAGAGUUUUAACAAACGGACUCUGUCACUGAAACACAUUUUUUGCCAAAUACAAAACUUUAAAAAGUGUUUCAGGAACCGGAUGUGGUUGAUAAAGCAAUUCACAAACAAUUUAUUUUAAAUCAGUAUUUUUAGAUUGCAAUUUCAAUAUCGAAAACACGAGGAAAUUAUCACAAAAAUUAAUUCCUUGAUUGUGCACUACUGUCUCAUUUUCAAUAUUCUACUUUGAUAA